AAACGUACCGCGGUGGUGCUGUCGCGUAGGAUUUCACAGCUCGAGCUGAAAGAAUUCAACUUAAUAACUUAAAUACAAGAAGCCAAAGUUGGAUGUGAGCUAUGUCUUGGAACUGGAACAGUCACGGGUUACCGUUUUUGCCAGGAAACACUUUUCGGGACGUAACGAAGUCCUCCUUCCAUCGGCCCCAGACACUGAGCUACAGAUGUGGCUACGCUCUGCCUCGUCGCCCCGUCGCUGGCAUCGGACAGGACCCUCUUGUAUCAGAGCAGCUGAUCCAGCAGCGGGAGAGCGAGUCGUCCUUUGAGACGCCUGAUAUUUGGCCCGCGCGCGGCGACCCUUACGACAAGGGCCUCUCUGAAGAGUUCGUCCCAGCUUACGUGGCCUUUGACAAGAAGGUGCUGCGCUUCUUCGCAUACUUUCAGGAGGAUAACUUGAGUUCCCCUGAAGAGGCGUACCGCGUCCGGCCCGUGGUCGUUUACUACUACCUGGAGGACGACAGCAUGUGCAUCUUCGAGCCCACCGUGAAGAACUCCGGCAUCCCACAGGGAAAGCUGCUGAAGCGGCAUCGCUUUCCCAAGAACGAGCGCGGGGAGCAUUACCUGUGGAAGGACCUCAACGUUGGCAUGGACCUGCAGGUGUACGGCAUCAAGUACCACAUCACGCAGUGUGAUGCUUUCACUGAGGACUUCAUGGAGAGUCAAGGCAUCGUUUUGAAGGAGCCUCAGCAGAUGCCAGCGGACCCUUACAUCAAGCAGCGUGAAAACCCUCUGCCCUGCACCACGAAACCACCUGAAAGCGACAGCAUGCAGCAGUUUCUCACUAUGGACGGCAAGGUGCUGCGGUUUUUCGCUCUGUGGGACGACGAUGACGGGGAAACUAAGCCGGUGACCGUCCAGUAUUACCUGGUGGACGACACUGUGGAGGUCAGAGAGGUCCACAAGCCCAACAGCGGUCGGGAUCCCUUCCCGAUCCUGAUGCGCAGGCAGAGGCUGCACAAGACACUCAAACCGAAGCCGUUCCCCAGCUGUGUGCUGGAGCUCUCCACGGAGGACGUGAACGAGUUCUACUCACCCAAAGACUUCCAGCUGGGUCAAAGAUUGACUCUGCUCAGCCGUCGCUUCUUACUCUACGACUGCGACGGCUUCACCAAAGAGUAUUACCUCACCCACCACCCUGACGUGGAAAUGAAACCCACUGAAAUACCAAAUAAGGUGGAGGACGUGCACCGGGACAGGAAGAGGCUGCCACAGAUUCCUCCCUACAACGGCUACGGGUCACUUGAAGACUCCCUCCAGAACUGUUUGUCUCUGAUUCCCAAACCUCCCAGAAAGAAUGUGUUAAAGAUGCUGGAGAACGACCACAAAGUGCUGCGCUACGGUGCCAUACUGGACUCCCAGAAUCCCGAGGACGAGGGCCGACGUUUCGUUCUGUCCUACCACCUCUCCAACGACAUGAUCUCCAUUUAUGAGAAACCCACUCGCAACUCCGGCAUCCUCGCUGGCAAGUUCCUGGAGAAGACGCGCGUCCCCAAGCCGGGCUCCACUGUGGAAAACCCGCAGCUCUACUCACCUGUGGAUUUAGUCAUCGGAGCCACAGUGGAAGUUUUCGGCCACCGCUUUGUGUUGACUGACGCGGCCCUGUUUGUGCUCUCGUACUUGGAGUCCAUCUCGAGCCAGGUCCCUUCGCAGACGUUGGAUUUAAUGCGGCAGAAGCUGGGAGUGGAGACGGUCGACGAGCCGGGACCAGGUGGUGAAGCCGCAGAGCUGUCGUCAUGACGACGGGCGAGGGCUCACAGGAACACAUUGACACAAUAAAACUGAAUGUUACAACUUUGAUUUGUCUAAUUAAACACGGCAACGUACGCAAAUAUA